AUGCACAUAGAGACUGUCCAAAGUCUGCCAGAUUCUGGAACCACCUUCGUCUGGAUGUCAAUCUUCAAGAUCAGGAUAUGGAGGCACCAAACUGGCUGCGUUUUUUCUGCAUGGGUGCGCGUGGCAUCUUAUUUGUUAGAUAGUAAUGGAUCGUGGGUUCAAGGUUUUGCUGGUUUAUGCGGAGUCAAGACCAACCUCUAUGCUGAACUACUGGCCAUCCUCAAAGUUCUUCAGAUGGCAUGGGAUUACAAUGGUCAAGCUCUUAUUUAUGAAUCAAACUCUCGCACUGCUUUGUCCCUGACAUUGCAUGGUGCAGAUCAUACGCAUCACUAUUUUCCUCUGAUCUCAAGAAUUAGGAGCUUCCUUCAUCACCCUUGGGAGCUUUCCUUUCAGCAUGAGUUUCGUGAAGCCAACUACUGUGCGGAUUGGCUUGCUAAAUUAGGAGCUAGUUCUGCUAAUCAUCUUCUGGUUUUUUAUAGUUGUCCUAUAGCUAUGGCUCACUUGUCAUUUGCUGAUAACAGAGGGGUUCUGAACCCGCGUGGCUUGUAG